CUAUGGGAAACCACAAGUCCCUAAACGAGGCAACGAUAGUGGCAUCGGUGGCAAUGGUAAUGGAGGAGAUGAGGAGGAGGCACUAACAUACUUGAAGAAAGUUAAUGGCGUGUUUCAUGAUCAUAUAUUCCUUGAUGUAAUCAAAGAUUUUAAAGCUAAAAGGUAUAUUAUGUGCCCAUACUUGGGCUAA